AUGAAUACAAUCAACAAGAGUCAAAAACAUCUUUUCACCUUGCCAACUAUAAAUCAGCAAGUGCACGCACCAUAUCCACGACCUGCUAUUUUGGAUACCAUUCGCAACUUGGAAAAUAGUUUGGACUGGGAAAACCCGACAUCGCAGUCAAAAGUAAAGCUCUCACCUCCACCUCGUGAAUCUGGAGGCGGUGUUUCAACUAUUAAUAAAGAUUAUUUCAACAAGAAUCUGACGACUACUUCUGGUGGUGCUAUUGGCUCUCUUUAUUAUGACCAUUUGGUGAAUGAUGAUCUUUCAGCACCUUCAAUCUCUCCUUCGAAUUCAAUUGCAACCUCGCGAUCCAGGACUCCUAAUGACUCGGAUUCAGAGUCGAAAAACCAUUCUCAAGUCUUUAUUGCUUCGCCUAAUAUCAUUGAUUCAAAGUUAAACGCAAUUGCGGCUGACCAUAAUAAAUCGCGAACUCUUUCUUUGUCAAGUAUCCGAGAUCACCUUUCUUCUAACAACAAUACCUCUUUCACUUUAUCGAAAUUACCGCCACCGAUUAAUGACGAAUUGGACAUGACACGCUUUCAGAAAGUUCGUCGCGACAGUAACACGACCUCGUCAUCGGAUCCAAUUUCAGAUAAUUCGGAUAAGUCAAACAAUAUCGAGAUUGAGAAAGAACAAAAAAAGGCAACUCUCUAUAAAACAGAGAUGUGCCGAAAUUGGGAAGAAAAGGGUACUUGUCGCUACGGAACUAAAUGUCAAUUUGCACAUGCUGAAACUGAAUUACGAAAAGUUGUACACCAUCCAAAAUACAAGACGGAGAUCUGCAAAACUUUUUGGCAAAGUGGCACAUGUCCAUACGGCAAACGUUGCUGCUUUAUUCAUAACGACAAAGACUUGGCAUUGUCGAAGCAACGUCGAAAUAGUGUGGAUAGCGCACUAAAGACAGGUCAAAAUGGAAAAGCCAAGGAAUUAAACAAAUUCAAGAGUGAUCCUGAGCUUUAUGGUAAAUUCGUGAACGGAAGCGAUACGACAGGAUCCCCUCUACAAGUUCCAAAUUUAAAGUCAACUAACAAUUCACUUCGCGCAUUCACCGACGCCUACUUUUCGAGUCAAUCUUAUGGUAUGGCUACUAAUAGCCACGAUUCUGUCGCGUCCUCUUCAACUUCACCCCAAGACGGUCUAAAAGGAAAUACUGCGCCCAAAGCUGCAAAUCUUGAUACGUCUCGGAAAAGAUUUGACGAUGGAAAUGUCAUGAAAGUUGGCGACCUUGAAGACUCUGAUGACGAGAAUCAAUUAACGCCAGUUAUCAAUACACCUACAUUUCUACGUAAUUUCUUGAAAGAAGUUGUUGAUUGCGACGAACCAACUAUUAAAGAACGUUCGGCACCAACUCGAUUAGAAAAGGGAAAGAAUAACGGUGCUGGAUAUGCCCCAUCGGAUCUUGUUCCUAUCCUCAAUCAACCUCGUGGUAAAAGAUUGGCAAUCUUCCGAAACUUGGGAUAA